UGUGGGAAUCAAACGAUGAGAAACGCUUAGGCAUACAAUCUUUCAGCUAGGGUGGUUUUUCCGCGACCUCCAAUUUCAUCUCCUGUCCCUUCUCUUAUUUUUCUCAUCUACAAUAGUUGUUUUGAUGUGAAGGUUGUCUCAACAAAGGUUUACCAGGAAAAAGAAAAAUGGGUGGUGUACUCCGCACGCAAGCCAACCGCCCACUCAUGCUUGUUCAUUGAGAAAUGAACUCCGACAUGGUCACGGAAUUAAAAUAAUCCCUAGAUGACACCAUUGCACCACCAUGACACCAUUUAAUUAAGGGUUAGUCAGCCUAAGACUGUUGACUGGAAUUGGAGUAUUCUUGGCUAAUCUUGAUUGAUUACUGCUCUGGCAGAUGUCAUGGUUGUCGUCAUGGGUUUCCUCAUGGAGAGAGAGAGAGAGAGAGAGAGAGAGAGAGAGAGAGCUGUUGACUAAUUGCAAUGGACAUGCAAGGAAGCUGCUUGAGCUCAAUUGGGCAACCAAUUUUUAUACUCCUCCAUAAGGAUUACUUGCAUUUAGAAAUUAAAGAGUAGAAGAGAGAGGAGAGGCAGACUCAGGGUGAUCCAUCUGUGACCCCAAUAAUUAUUCCAACUUUGAUCACUGGGUGUUCGAUAUAAAACCUCAAUCAGUCAUCACACCAGAGAGGAUUGAAAGUAAUAUGGCUUCCACAGUGGAAGAAGAAGAGAGUGAAUUGUUGGCCAUGCAAAUGGUGAGUGCUUCUGUUCUGCCCAUGGUAUUGAAAACAGCCGUGGAGCUCCACGUGUUCGACAUAAUAGCCGAAGCAGGUCCCGGCGCAUGCCUCUCCCCUGUAGACAUCACAUCUCGGCUCCCCACCGAGAACCCAGACGCACCCCAUCUUCUCGAUCGUAUGCUGCGUCUUCUGGUUUCCCACUCUCUUCUCACUUGCACUGUCCUCAGCCAUGAUAAGAGGGUCUAUAGCUUGGCACCUGCGUCUAAACUGUUUGUUAAGAAUAAGGAUGGAGGGUCCUUGGCUCCCUUCCUGUUUUUUCUCCAGGAUCACGCCUUAAUCAAGAGCUGGUACCACUUGAAGGAUUCAAUUCUAGAAGGGGGCGAGCUUCCAUUUUAUAAGGCAAAUGGUGAAACCGCUAUAGACUACAUUGGGAAGGACCCUAAACUCAGUGAGGUUUUCAGAAGCUCAAUACUUGAAGCUAAUGUACUUUUGAUGAAGAAGAUGCUUGACACAUACAAAGGGUUUGAAGGUCUACGAGUUCUGGUUGAUGUAGGGGGAGGGACUGGACAAGUCCUUAGCAUGAUCAUCUCCAAGUAUCCAUCCAUCAAGGGCAUCAACUUCGAUCUGCCUCAUGUCAUAGAAAGAGCUCCCCCUUGUUCAGGCAUGGAACAUGUCGGAGGAGAUAUGUUUACAGGUAUUCCGAAAGGAGAUGCACUUUUUAUGAAGAAUAUAAUUCACAGUUGGAGUGAAGACCAGUGCUUGAAGUUGCUAAAAAAUUGCUACGAAGCAUUACCAGAUUUUGGAAAGUUGAUUGUUGUGGAUUUGAUUGCUCCAACCUCCCCAGAGACAAAUGUUGCUACCCAAGGCAUCUUGCAAAUGGAAAUGUUCGUUACAAGUAUAAUGAACACUAAAGGAAAGGAGAGGACAAAAGAAGAAUUUUCUGCUUUAGCAAGAGAAGCUGGAUUUGCUAGCAUUAAUGUGGCGUGUUGUACUUACACAUUCUCAGUCAUAGAAUUCUAUAAAUAGAUGUAAGGAAAAAGAAAGCUAUCCGCUUGUUUGUAUUAGUUACCACUCAUUUAGUUCUUGCUGGAAUAAAACGCUUACUAUGUUUCUCACACCUUA